AUGGAUACUCUCUCCUUCAUCUCCGCCGCGCCUCUCUUCGGGCGGCCUCCGGUGCCUCUCCAUCCGCGGCGCGGCUCGAGCGCUCCCGGGCCACAUCCGCGCACGACGACCUGCAAGUUGCGAUUCGGCAGCGACACGCCCUCCGACAGCGACGGCGGGCUGGGCCGAUUCCGCGAGUUCACGUCUCGCGACGGCGACCACGGGGUGCAGGACGCGCUUGAGCGGGAGGUGCUGUGGGAAGUGACGCGCACGGCGACGACGCACACGCUGGAGACGACGAUCCAAGACGAGCUCAAGGCGGUGUCGGACAGCCUUGCGGACAUGUACUCGCGAUCCGACCGGGACCUGCCGUCGCGGCAGGAGGAGCUCGCGCGGCGGGCGUCGCUCGCAAACAUCUCCAAGUGGAACCAGCAGCUGAUCCAGGGGGCCAAGAUGUCCAAGUCGAACCGGUCGGAGAUCUCCAAGGAGCUCGCCGUCGUGCAGGUCAUGCUGCGUCGCAACCGGCGCGGGCGCGAGAAGCGGAGGCGGAGGUCGGCGACGGUCGCGCAGCGGAGGAGGGACGGGGAUGUGGGGUACGCGCUGGAUGAGGAGGCGGUGAAGCAGGCGUCGAAGCCAAUACGGCUGCUGUUUACCGUGAUGGUUUGUGUGAGUGCAUUGACGGGAUUCGAGCAUGUCGCGGUGCAGGAGUCGGGGCCGACGCAGCUUGCGAAAGGGGCGGCGGCGUUUUCGUUGGUGCUGUUGACGGGCGCUUGCUGGAGGUCGAUUGGAGAGGCCGCGAAGAAGAAGCAAGACAGUUAAGUGAUUGUUGAUGCUCUCAAAGAGCCAGCAGACCAGCAGACCACCAGUUACGUGCGGCCAGAGACAUAUCUGCUACCUUUUUGACACGGACGCGUUGCGUGUUGCCUUUUCGUGAGCUCAUUCUUGCUCAAUCUGGCUUCGCUUCAGCGCGUGAGUGGGGGAUCGUAUCUUUGUAUAUUAUAAUGUUUGAGGUUAUACUACGCUGUGAUGGUUUUGGGAGUUGACGAUAUAAACGGGUCCCCUCACACGCUACAAGUUUGUACA